ACCUUCAACAGCUGAUUUUGACAGCAUGUGGAAGAAGAAGAAAAGUUUAUUUUUUCUCAAAUGAUAUUAUUUUGAAUGAAUUUUUACUCUUUUUCAUCAUUUUUGACUCCAAUAAAAGUUAGUGGGAUGUUGGGCAGGACCGGAAACAUGUUGAGGAGUGUCAGAGGUAUCUCUGGAUUGGAGAAUUUGGCUAAAUCAAACAAUGAGGGUUUCCUACCCAUUUCCCGGAGGUAUUUCAUCUUCAGCACAAUAGCCAAUAAGAGGAAGGUCUAUGAGAAGAAGAAACUCGUUGGUUACUCGGAUGAGCAAAUGUUCAGCGUUGUGUCGGACGUGGAGAAUUACCAGAACUUCCUGCCUUGGUGCAAAAAAUCUCACGUUUAUGGGAAGCGCGAGAACUUCCUGAAAGGCGACCUGAUUAUUGGAUUUCCUCCCUUGAGUGAGAAAUACACCUCAAAUGUGACAAUGACGAAACCAAACUACAUCAAGGCAGAAUGCGUGGAUGGGAAGCUCUUCAGCUACUUCCUGACCAUCUGGCGCUUCAGUCGUGGCCUAAAGGAUAUCCCGCAGUCGUGUGUGAUUGACAUUCAUGUGGCGUUUGAAUUUAAAUCAGCCAUUUACUCACAAUUCUCCCACAUUUUCUUCGACCAAGUUGUCCGGCAGAUGGAGGAUGCCUUUAUCCGGGAAGCCCAAUGCCGAUACGGUCGUCCUGCAAUCCAAAGUCACGUUCUGGGUCACAGGAGCUCCUGACCAAACCAUUAAACUCUCUAGAUAAUUGUUUAUAUUAUUUAUUAGCAUGAUAAAUCAAUGGAAAUUGUGAAAAAAAAA